CAAAUCCUCCACAAUCACAUCCGCCAAAUCCGUCUUUUUGUUGAUUGUUUUGCUGUUGCGUUGGGGUUGUGGUUGUAGCUGAGGCAUGGACCUUGUUGGGGAUGCAAGGCCGCUUGAGUCUGUGUACGACACAACACAGGCCAGGACAGCUUUGCACCGCAACAGUGUCACUGGUAGAUCGGCUUCUUCGUCCUCCUCCUCGCGCGAAGCAACAGCUGCUGUGAGGGAAGCGCUGGGCCAUCUCCCGCCGCAUCUGCCCUCCAUCAAUGACGCCAUCACCUCGAGCGAGGAAAGCAGCCCAUCGCCAACACGUCGCCCAGCUGGCUCGGGAGACAUGUCUCACUUGCACGAGAACUUGCGCCGGCGCACCCUCUCCAAUCGAAGGUGUAUCCGCCACGCAAUCCAGGCGUCUGGGCUGCGCCGGUUUGAGCGCGGUCGCGUGCACCCGCGCCAAGUUGUCUCGUUCAUGCGCAAUGAUGAUGACACCACCACUGCCACUAGCGGUGGACCGUCCGGUCACAUCCGUAUUGGUGGCAGCGGUGGCGGUGGUGGUGGCGUGUCUGCACCGGGCACGAUGACGGACGGCGGGCGAGGCAGUCACAUGGGGAGCACCAGCAACCUUCACGACAGCGUGGAGGAUGCACUUGAGAGCGACAUCUCAGACGCAGCGAGCAUUGCGUCGACCGCCCUGUGGUCCGGACCAGUGACAGGCAGAACAGCGAGCACGCGAGCAGGCGCCAGUAGCAGUCGUGGUGGUGGUGGUGGUGGUGGUGGAAGGAGGAGGGGAAGACGGGUUGUGAGACGGAGAGGUGGUGGCCGUGGCCGUGGUGGGUCGAGAUCGGUUGCAUAUCGGGCACUGGACGAGGUGGACGAGGAAGAGCACCUUCCAUUGCACGAUGGUGAUGAUGACGAUGAUGAUGAUGAUGAUGAUGAUGAUGACGAUGAUGCUGAGGCGUUUGCACUUGGCAUUGAUGACGAUGAUGACGAUGAGGAGGGUGGUGAUGUUGAGGGCGGUGGUGAAGGGGGAGAAAGGCAUGACGCAGGAGAAAACAGAAUAGAUGGUGGUGAUCAGAGCUAGCUGGUGCACGGAUGUGUGAUGCAGUGGGUGUAUUUCGCGUGAUGGUGCUUGCAGAUGUGAUGGGCCUGGUAGUGAACACGAACGAUAGCAAACUGUGGCGAUUUGUGUACACUCCAAGAGAUGUUGUCAUUCAGAGUGCAUGUUUGUUGUGUCGACUUUUGAAUGAGUAAACAACUGAUAUGACCAA